AAAAUAAGCGGCCCAUCAAUAAAGAAAAUACAAACUCAACCAUGGCAAUUACAAAAGCUCACUACUCUUUAGCAGUUCUUGUCGUUCUCUUUGUCGUUUCGAGUAGCCAAAAAGUCUGCAAUCCAGAAUGCAAGGCCAAAGAACCCUUCCACUGCGACAAUACUCAUGCAUUCAACCGAACUGGAUUUCCCAAAAAUUUCACUUUUGGUGCAGCUACUUCGGCAUAUCAAAUUGAAGGUGCAGCACAUAGAGCACUUAAUGGAUGGGACUACUUCACUCAUAGAUAUCCAGAAAAAGUUCCGGAUCGCAGUUCAGGAGACCUUGCGUGUGAUUCGUAUGAUCUUUAUAAGGAUGAUGUCAAACUACUAAAAAGAAUGAAUGUUCAAGCAUACCGACUCUCGAUAGCAUGGUCAAGGGUCUUACCAAAGGGAAGACUGAUUGGGGGAGUGGACGAGAAUGGGAUAACAUACUACAACAAUCUCAUUAACGAGUUGAAAGCAAAUGGCAUAGAACCAUAUGUGACUAUUUUUCAUUGGGAUGUUCCCCAGACUUUAGAAGACGAAUAUGGAGGCUUCUUAAGCUCACGUAUAGUGGAGGACUACACAAACUACGCUGAGCUUCUAUUCCAAAGAUUUGGAGACAGGGUCAAAUUUUGGAUCACUUUAAAUCAGCCUUUCUCUCUUGCAACCAAAGGUUAUGGAGAUGGAUCGUAUCCACCAGGACGGUGCACCGGCUGUGAAUUUGGAGGAGAUUCCGGAGUGGAACCUUAUACAGUUGCACAUAACCAACUUCUAGCUCAUGCCAAAGCUGUAUCUUUAUACAGAAAAAGAUAUCAGGUAUAUAAAGUGUAACAUCUCUGAGAAUUU